AUGGACUCACAACCGCCAAGGAGUCCAAAAUUACCUUCUCAUCACAAUUCAAUGAAAAGCCUGCGGUCGAUACGCAGCCAGCGCAGCAUGAAGAGCAUCAACUCGGCAAGAAGCACGCAGAGCGUAAGAAUCUUCAACCACAAUCAUGCGUCCUAUCAGACCUGCUUCGGAUGCAUGCAUGUUAAGGUGAGGUUGAAAAAAAUAAGGGUUCUAACUGAAAAUGCCUGAGGACAUGCUCAAAGUUCAAGUUUUUUGAUAUCUAUUUUUGCGUUGUCCUCCUUUAGUUUAUUUUGAUGUUUCGAGUGCGAAAUUUAUAACAAAAUUCUUCAACCAAUCUUUGAAAUUUUGGAUGAAGUGCAAUUGGACGAAUAUUAGAUUUCGAAUUACUAUAAAUUUGCAAUACGACAGCGUUGAUACUUAAGAGAAUAUCUCGUAUUUCCAAAGUUUUGAAAAAUUCGUUGCGCAUGUAGCUUUUAAAUGACUUUCCCGUUUUGAAAAUGUUUGAUUUUUACGAUGGAUAAGUGAAGAAAGUCAUAUAAAAGCUCGUAUUUUUCAUUAUCAAGCCUGUCUAUGAUAUGAAAGCUUUUAAAAAAAGCUGUAUGUACAGUUUCUUGCAUAAGUAUUAGACAUAGAAAUUUUGAAAAUUUGAAUUUGUUUCUUGAACUUAUGGACAUUAAAAAAAAAAUCAAUUUCAGGUCGCCACCUGCUCUAUCGGAUUUUUCGCCCUUCUCAGUGUUUGUAUGUCAUUGAUGUAUUGCGUUUUCACAUCACAAGAGGUUGAAUACGUUUUUCGUCUGCUUUAGUGAAUUUGAACGGUUCAGCAAAGAAGGCCGAACAUGAAACUUUAUGCACUACCGAUGAUUGUGGUGAUUAUCGCGCUGCUCUACAUGUUCGUUGGGAUUCUACAGCAGAAAGCGCAACUUCUUUUCGCUUUUAUCACGCUGCAAGUAAGUUUCACUUUCAUUUCUUCAAGCCUAUAUUUUUUCAGAUUUUUUUGGCUUUCGCAAUCGCCGUAUUGAUGAUCAUGGUGCUACUGGCCAUAGCCUGCAACACUCAAAUCAUUUUGAAGUUUUUUGUGGAUGUGGAAGUUCCAGAGAGCAACUACAGUUCAGUAUCCAUUUUUAAAAGAAACCAAGAAACCGUAUCUUUCAGUGCGAUCAGCUCUCGCGGCGCUUCUCGGACUUGGUUGCCAGCUUGCCUUACAGCUUUGGGCUCUUCGAGCAGUUUGUUGCUGCUAUCGUUAUUUCACAGAUUUACAGAAGUUUGAGGUUCGACAGCAGCAGACAAAUUAUGUUUGA